AGCUUGGGGGCGGAGCCGAAGCCUAGUCCGCUGCAGAGCUCUCCAGAGCUCCCGCCGCCGCGAUUCCGUCCCGGACCUGGGCCACCCACCGGGUGGUGGGUGCUCUUUGGCCCCGGGUUCUGCAAAGCCCUGAAGGCAAGACUAACUGGGUGCUGUUCACCCCGGGGCUGACUCGCUCCCUGCCCCCCACCAAGGCUCCGCUAUGGACGGCGAGAGCGAAGUGGAUUUUUCCAGCAACAACUUAACCCCGUUGUGGCGGAGGCGUUCAACCCCUCAGCCCCAGCUGCUGGGCCGGAGCAAGCCGAGGCCCCAGUCCUACCAGAGCCCGAGCGGAUUGCUGAUCACGGAUUUCCCGGUGGAGGACCGAGGGACGCUCCCUGCGGUGCAGACUCCGGCUCAGGUGCCCACCUCCUCCGACGGCAGGACAGUCCAGAGGAGCCCGCUGCUUCUUUGCGCCCAUCGGAGAGCGGUAACCAAUGGGAGGACCGUCUCCCCGGAGUGCAGGGCUGUCUCUCCUCGGCUUCGACGGCCCAAGUCACCCCAGGUACCCAAAGUGGCGUCGGGCGGAGCCCCCAAAUCCCCAGCGAAUGGCACGGUGACCUCGCCGGCGCCGCAGCAGCUGCACCCCCCGCACCCCCCGCGGACUCCUCAAGUACCCGCUCCCUGCAGCUCGGAAGACAGGGCCAGAUUCCCCGCCAGCCCCCUGCCUUCGUCUGCUGCAAAUGGGCUUACUCCUAAUAUCGCCUCUCCAGGCGCCCGUUCGCUGCCCGGCCAGAUGGCCAAGGACCCUGAGCGGACACCCUCGAGACUUUCUCCUGCUCCCCAGAAAAGGUACUUAGAACAAAAACUCCCCCUCCAAAGGCUGCCCUCACAGGAGAAUGAGCUCCCGGAGAAUCCUUCAGUGGUUUUGAGCACAAACAGCCCCGCCGCCCUCAAAGUGGGGAAACAUCAGAUCAUUCCGAAGAGCCUGGCCUCGGAAAUUAAAAUAAGUAAAUCUAACAAUCAGAAUGUGGAGCCCCACAAGAGACUGCUCAAGGUUCGCAGCAUGGUGGAAGGACUUGGAGCACCCCUGGGCCCUGCAGAGGACGAGGGCGAGGCGGAGAACGACGUGGACAGCCCGGGGUCUCUGCGGAGAGGCUUGCGGUCCACGUCCUAUCGCAGGGCCGUGGUCAGUGGCGUUGACUUUGACAGUCCUACCACCUCGAAGAAGAAGAACAGAAUGUCCCAGCCUGUUCUGAAAGCUGUGAUGGAAGACAAGGAGAAGUUUUCCAGCCUGGGAAGGAUAAAGAAAAAAAUGCUGAAAGGACAAGGAACAUUUGAUGGGGAAGAAAAUGCUGUCCUGUAUCAGAACUACAAAGAAAAGGCCCUUGACAUUGACUCCGAUGAAGAGUCAGAGCCCAAAGAAGAGAAAUCAGAUGAAAAAAUUGUAAUUCACCAUAAGCCGCUGAGGUCCACGUGGAGUCAGCUCUCUGCGGUGAAAAGAAAUGGAUUGUCUCAGACAGUUAGCCAGGAGGAAAGAAAGAGACAAGAGGCUAUCUUUGAAGUUAUAUCCUCUGAACAUUCAUACUUACUCAGCUUGGAGAUCUUGAUACGGAUGUUUAAAAAUUCUAAAGAACUGAGUGAUACAAUGACCAAAACAGAGAGUCACCAUCUUUUCUCCAAUAUUACAGAUGUCUGUGAGGCAAGCAAAAAAUUCUUUACAGAGUUAGAAGCAAGACAUCAGAAUAAUAUCUUCAUAGAUGACAUAAGUGACAUUGUGGAAAAACACACAGCAUCCACAUUUGACCCAUAUGUGAAAUACUGCACAAACGAAGUCUACCAACAGCGGACACUUCAAAAAUUGUUAGCCACCAACCCAUCUUUUAAGGAGGUUUUGUCCCGAAUUGAGUCCCAUGAAGACUGCAGAAAUUUACCCAUGAUCUCUUUCCUCAUUCUCCCCAUGCAGAGGGUGACGCGCCUCCCCCUGCUGAUGGACACUAUCUGUCAAAAAACGCCUAAGGACUCUCCAAAAUAUGAAACCUGCAAAAGGGCCUUAAAGGAAGUAAGCAAGUUGGUUCGACUCUGCAAUGAAGGAGCCCGGAAGAUGGAAAGGACUGAAAUGAUGUAUACGAUCAACUCCCAGCUGGAAUUUAAAAUUAAGCCUUUUCCUCUAGUCUCCUCUUCCCGAUGGUUGGUCAAAAGGGGUGAGUUGACAGCCUACGUGGAAGAUACUGUGCUUUUCUCAAAAAGAACAUCCAAACAGCAGGUCUACUUCUUCCUCUUUAACGACGUUCUCAUUAUCACCAAGAAGAAGAGUGAAGAAAGUUACAACGUCAAUGAUUAUUCUUUAAGAGAUCAACUACUGGUGGAGUCUUGUGAUGGUGAAGAGCUUAAUUCUUCUCCAGGGAAGAACAGUUCCACAAUGCUUUAUUCAAGACAGAACUCUGCCAAUCACCUCUUUACACUGACGGUCCUUAGUAACCAUGCGAAUGAGAAAGUGGAAAUGCUGCUGGGGGCUGAGACGCAGAGUGAGCGAGCCCGCUGGAUAACCGCCCUGGGACACAGCAGCGGGAAGCAGCCUCCGGACCGAACCUCACUGACCCAGGUGGAAAUCAUUAGAUCAUUUACUGCCAAGCAGCCCGAUGAACUCUCCCUGCAGGUGGCAGAUGUGGUCCUCAUUUAUCAACGUGUUGGUGAUGGCUGGUAUGAAGGGGAAAGACUGCGAGAUGGAGAAAGGGGCUGGUUUCCCAUGGAGUGUGCCAAGGAGAUAACAUGUCAAGCUACCAUUGAUAAGAAUGUGGAGAGAAUGGGACGUUUGCUGGGACUGGAGACCAAUGUGUAGCCUCUCCAAUGGUAUUUUGUUACUGCAAGAUUUGCACUACAUCAUGGUGGGCUGGUUGUUCAGGGCUGGUUUUGUUGUUCAUUUUGACACAGCCUAUUUAAUUAAAAGAAUGAAAACACUUGCCUUUAAGCUUGCCAGAUGGUCCUGUUCUCUCAGGAGAACACCUACUGGAUACAGUUAGUUCACGAAGCUCAGUUUGUGCACAGCGAUCCUUUUGCAAACCUCAGUAGGUAAACAGAAGAGCUGAGCAUUCCACUUCAGGGAGCAGGCAGCCUCAGCUAUUCCUAUAGUUUUAUCAAGUUCUGGCAUAAAAAAAAAAAACUAUGUAAGAUGCUAUAUCCUCUACCCUCACUUAACCAAGAAUGUAUACUAUCCCUGUUUAAACAUCUCCUUCAUAUGGUUCUUUCAGUAUUCACAAGGUUUUAUGUCUUUAAGGAGUGCCCACUUUUGUAGAUAUUUUUCCUGUCUCUUUAUAUUUUAGAUCUGAUUCGAAUGCUCUCUUGAUUUCAAAAGGAACUGGUAGAGUUCUGAAGCUGAGCUCAGCUUUUCUAAACCUCUUCCCAAGAAAGGGAAAUUGACACUUGAAUUUUUGCCACUGCUUUCCUCAUCUGAAGGGAAGUAAGGAGGCUUAAAGAUUUUUUUUUUUAACCAUCUCACCCAAUUUUGGUCUUAGAUAAGUAUAGCCUAAUAAACCAUAAGCUACUCUAACAACAGAGACUUUAGAUGGUUCCAAUAUGUGAGAAAAUCCUGAAUAUAGGACAGGGGUCCUACUUUUUUUUUAAAAUAUCCCCCAAUAAGCUGAUAAACUGACGUGAGGCUGCUUUGCCUUCAAUAUUAUGUAAGGUUUUUGACUGUUUCCAAAAGGAAAUUGGCUGAAACACACUUUUAACAACCUCAAGGAAGAUAAAAUUAGACCUUAAAAGGUAUCAAGAAGCCAAUCUGGUACUUCAUUGAAGCAUAACCAUAAAUUGACCUUAAUAGGAACUCAUUUGCACUAAAGGAUUUGAAGUCUCUCUUAACUGUGGGUGUCUGCAGAACUUGCUUUUUUCCACAAGUGCAAGGAGAGAGAAAAGCCAUUGUCAUGUCCAUUUCAUAAAGAAGGAAAGAGGGUUUGGAAGAUGGAGGGGGAGGAGUGAUUUUUACAGGCAGCUAUGUUCCCUCUCUACUCCAUUCUCUUCCAUAGAGGGGUAAAACCCGGCACAGGGACAUCAUUCAAGCACUCAGAUCCAUGUGUGACAUGUCCCAGCUAUCAUCUGCCAACCAGUACCCAAUCCUGAGUAAUGUUGCAGAAACCCAGUGUAGAAGGUGAGUGUGUCAGCUCACAUGCUGUGUCCUGUCAUGGCAGCAGUGAGCCCAGCGGUGGACACCUGUGGCUGUCUUGCCCCCCUGCACCAUCACACCCCCCCGCCCCCCCACCGCCCCAGUUGCUCUCCUUUGCUAGUGCACAUGUCUCUGGAUAUAAAGACGUGCCAGGUUCUGAGCUCCUUGAGGUCUGAGCCAAUCUGUCAGUGAACAGCAGUAGACACAGCAAGCGAGGUCUCGGGGUUGGUAAAACAAGAAAUCUGUCUCCUCUUUGAUGGUGUAGACUUUUUGGAGGAGAGACUAAUAUCUAUAAUCUAAUGUGAUGUUUUCAUUUAGGGCGGAAGGUAAAUGUGUUGCUUGCCAAGAGACCAUUCCUUAUUAUUUUUGCUGACACCCUAUUGAAACUGAAAAGCAACUAUAUAAAUCCUGUGAAUUUAUCAGUAGAGAUGUUGAACAGUUUUGGAAUAUGUGCAUCUUAUAAAUCAAAGCCUGUUUAGCAAGCAGGUUAAUACUGUUAUGAGAUAAAGCAUUGUUUUAUGGCAGGUAUUAUCACAUUCACAAUAUUUUAGUUCAGACAUGAAUUGUCGUUUUUACAUGAUACAGUAUUUUUUAAAAUCCAGUUCAGUGUCUGAGUAGUUUCUCUGAAUUGUACAAUGACUUCAUUCAGUGACCUGUGGAGUAUAAACAUACUCAUUUUUGUCCCAAUGAUUUGAGACUGCUUGUUCACUUUUGGCAAAAUAUGUGAAUUUAUAAAGAUUUUGUAUAUACUUGUUCUUUUGUGUGAAUGUGAUUUAAUUUACUGUAGGAUGUGUAAUAAGUACAUACUAUGCUGAAUUUUUGGCCCAAUCAGAGUUCUACUCAAAAGGUUAUCUGUAGCUAACACUGAAGGGUAGCUGAGCUUUCUUCUUUGAAUACGUGUGGGCCUCAGCUGCCCUAGAAGGUAGGAGCAUUUUUAAGAGCUGGGCCAUGCUGAUUUUUCUCAUAGUUUCCACAAAACUACGUGACUGAAUAGCUUAUAUCAAAUAGUUUAUAGUUUCUUAACAGCUUCUGACACCCUGAGUACACUUUAUCACUCAUUUUGGCCACCCAAUGUCUGAGCCUUUAUGCUCGGAACACUUCACCACCUUGUGCAUCUUGGGAGACAAAGAGCGACUCCAUAUUAUUUUCUUUUCCUGCAUAAAACUUUUACAAACUGAGUGGCUUAAAACAACACAAUCUUUUAUGAUCUCACAGUUCUGUGGUUAGAAGUCCAGGAUGGCUUGGCUGGGUUCUCUGCUUAGAUUUUCAAACAGCUGAAAAAAUCUAAGUGUUGGCUUGACUGCUUUCAGGCUCAUAUUUGUUAUUCACAGAGUUCCACUCCUUGUACUUGGAGGACUAAGGCCCUGUCCCUUGCCGGUGCUGCUGGGAAGGGAGUGGGAGAGUGCUCACAGCCCCCAGUGGCUGGAAUUCUCUGCCACGUGGCUCCUUCCAUCUUCAAGGCAGCAGUGGCAUGUUCAAUCUUUCUUACACUGGGAGUCUCUCAUUCCAUUUUAUGCUACCAACUGGAGAAGACUGCUUUUAAAGAAGGCAUGUAAUUACACUAGACUCACACAAUAAUCUCCUUUAUGAACUCACAGCCAACUGAUUUGGGACCAUAAGUGGAUCUGCAAAAUUCCUACAAUCAGACACAAUACCAAGGAAGUAGACCACAGGGAUUAUGCUAGAAUUCUGCCUAUCACACUCUCUAUAAAACCUUAAAAUGCUGGUCUUCCAGCAUUCUUGGCAGCUAAAAUACAGGAUGUGAUACAUAAAUCAAAGGCGUAUUUGUUGAAUUUCCACUUAAGGUGGUGAUGGCAGAGGACAGAGGUGGGGAGUGGCAUCUCUGAAGUAAAGGAUGCAUCCUCCCCUGUGCAGAGGGUCCAUCCUCCAUUCCAAAUCACUGCUGCAUUUCCCUGGACUCUGCAGUGUGAAUCACACAGGUCAGUUGAAGUGCCUAUCAUCAUCUGUUUUGUUGUGGGUUUGGUCCCCAAAGGGCUUAGUCUGUGGAGUGAGGAAAUGAACCUGGAGGACCCCGGGCUUCUAGAAUACUGAGGUCCUGACAAGAGGAAACAAAACCUCUCUCUAGAAGAAGCUACCAGCAUCUUAGUUCUCAAUAUUCCAAAAAAAACCAAACCAAACAAAAAGCAUUCUCAAAGUCUCAGCAACAAAACCGAGAUGCAGCAUCUAGCUACAGAAAAAACACAAAAACAGAUAAACUCAGAGGGGCUCUAGCUAGGAGCAUCAUUAGAGAGAAUAAAAUACAACUUCUGUAUUUAAGAAAAUAAAGCCAAACUUUAAAAUGCAACACAAUUAUAUAUUCUCCCAAUAAUACAGUAUCAAUAUAAACAAAAUUGGCAGAAAUAUAAUUAAGCUGUAAGGCAUGCAUGAGAUUUUAAACAUACCUUUCUCAUUUGAUAGGAAAAAAGUGUGGAAGUAGAUAAAGAUCAUUGAAAAUGCACAAGAUCUCAACAAGAGUAACAUGAUAAGCUUAUAUAGGACCUGCUGCAGCAAUUUCAGCAUAUACCUUUUUUUCAAGCACAUGUAGAAUAUUUACAUUUGACUAUUUCCUGGGUCGUAAAACAAGUUUCAACAUUAAAGUGUGAAGUCUCCAAUUACAACUUAAGUUCAAAAUCAAUAGCAAAAAUUAAGAAAUACCCAUUUAUUUGGAAACUGUGACCUAAAUGUAAGUAAGAAGCAAAACUAUAAAACUUCUAUAAUACAGGAGACAAUCUAGGUGAUCUUGAGUUUGCGAGAUAAAUACACCAAAAACAUAAUCAAUGAAGAAAAAACUAAGUUGAACCUCAUUAAGACAGGCGAAUCAGAAGAUAAUCCAGAGUAGGAGGAAAUCUUGCAAAAUACAACUGAUAAAGGGUUGACAUCCAAAAUACACAAAGAACUCAAAAUUCAAUAAAUUAGAAAACAAUGCAACUAGAAAAGAUGGGCAAAAAUCUGAAAAACUCACCAACUACAGAUGAGAAAUGAGCAUAUGAAAAGAUGCUCAAGACCACACAUCAUUAGGGAAUUGUAAAAUUAAAACAGUUACCACUUCAUACCUAUUAGGGUGGCUAACAUCCAAAACCCUGACUACACCAAAUGCUGGUUAGGAUGUGAAGGAAGAAGAAUUUGCAUUCAUUGCUGGUGGGAAUGCAAAAGCCACCAGGAGGACAGUAUUGCAGUUUCUUAGAGAACGAAACACUAUCAUUCGAUCCAACAAUCACACUUGAUAUUUACCCGAAUGAGUUGAAAAACUAUGUCCACACAUCUAUACACAAAUUUUUCUAUUAGCUUUAUUCAUAAUGGCCAAAUAUGAAGAUAACCUUCAGUAGAUGAAAGGGUAAAUAAAUACAUCCAAUGAAAUAUUAACCAGCAGUAAAAGAAAUGAACUCUCAAGCCAUGAAAAGACAUGAACUUUAAAUGCAUUAUUACUAAAUAAAAGUUGCCAAUGUGAAAAGGCUAUAUACUUUGCAUGACUCCAACUAUAUAAUAUUCUGGGAAAGGUAAAACUACAGAGCCAGUAAAAAGGUCAGUGGUUGCCAGGGAUUAAAGGGAGAGGAAAGGAGGACUACAUUCACAUAGAGAACUUUUUUCAGGACAGUGAAAGUAUUAUGAGCUCAUCCACUGUAACAAAUGUACCAAGAUGUUAAAAACAGAGGAAUCUUGGCGGGGGUACAGGGGGAUAUGGGAAUUAUGAAGAAGGAACAACAGAACAUUUGUGUAAAUAUAAUAGACUAUCCUUGAGUUUUUAAAAUGUUAGGUGGCUGAAUGACACAUUUGUUGUCUGAAACGGUCCUCGAUGAAUGUCAAGUAGUUGGGAAAACCAAAAUAUUUGGGAAAAACUAAAUGGUCUUAACAUAUACUUGAAGUGUCAAAAUGUUGAUACUUGUUGACUGUGAUAAGCUAUACCUACCUGUAUACUGUAAUCCAUAGAGCAAGCAAAAGACCCAAAAACUUUACAAAGAGACAAAGUAAAAUUGAAUACUAAAAAAGUUUUCAGGUAACUAACCCAUAAAAAGGCAGAAAAAGGGAAGCAGAGGAAUGGAAAAUAAAGGAACAAAAAAUAGCAUACAUAAAAUGCAAGUGAUUGAGAUAUAUAAAUUAAGACAGAUAUUAUUGACAGUAGAUUUUAAAAGUGACCUUACUGUAUGCCAUCAACUUUUGGCACAUUUCAAAUGUAAUUAAAUAGGUAAAUGUGAGAUGAAUGGAAAAAUGUAACAUCAAGAAACUGCCAAUCAAAAAGAAAGCUGGAAGAGCUACACUAAAUAAAGUGGACUUAAGAGCAAAGAAAAUCACCAGAACAACAACAAAAAAAACACUAUAAACAAUAAAGGGGUCAAUCUCUGAAGAAAAAACAACCUGAAAUGUGUAUGUACCAAAUAAUAGAGCUUCAAAAUACAUGAAGCAAAAACUAAUAAACUGAAAGGAAAAAAAAACCAGCCAUAUCCACCAUAUAGUGGGUAAAGGUAUAGAAUAGAACAUUAUUAUCAAAAAAUGGGAACUGACUGACAUUUAUUUAGAGAACACUCCACCCAGCAACAGAAGAUUAUACUUUCUUUUCACAAAGAUAUGUAAUAUUCACCAAGGCAGAUCACAUUCUGGGUCAUAAACCUACAAAUUUCUAAGAAGUGAAAUUAUACAAAGUAUGUUUUUCAACCACCAUAAAAAAAUCAAACUAGAAAUGAAUAACAGACAACAGGGAAAUCUCCAAACACCUGGAAAUUAAUGACACUCAAUCUGUGGAUUAAAGAGGUGAGUUUAUAAAGAAUAAAAAAUACAUUGACAUGAGAAUAUAUCAAAACAUGUAGGAUGCAGCUCAAGCAGUACUUAGAAAGGAAUUUAUGGUAUGCAACACUUGGAAAUCUAAGCUCCCACCCCAAGAAACUAGAAAUGAAGAACAGAGGCAGAGAUUCUCAUACUAAGCUAAGUAAAUCAGAAAAACAGAUACCAUACUAUAUUCAAUGUCCAGAAUGUUGAAAUCUAAAAUGAUACAAAUGAACCUAUCUGCAAAACAGAAAUAAUCACAGACUUGGACAAGAAACUUGGGGUUGCCAAGGGGGAGGGGGCUGGAGGAGAGGUGGAGUGGUAGGUUAGUGUUAGGAGAUGUAGCCUAUUAGAUAUAGGAUGGAUAAACAACAAGGUCCUAGUGUAUAGCAAAAGGAACUGUAUUCAGUAUCCUAUGAUAAAUCAUAAUGGAAAAUAUUUUUUAAAAAUGUGUGUGUAAAACUGAAUCACUUGGCUGUGAAGCAGAAAUUAAAACACUGUAAACCAAUGUUUUAAAAACAACAAAAAAGAAUAAAUCCAAAGAAGCAGAAGGGAGGACAUAAAGUGUACAGAAAACAAUGAAAGUGAUAAUAGAAAAAUCAGUGAAACAAAUAAUUCUUUGAAAAAAUGAAUACAACUGAUAUAUCUUGUAGCAAGACUGACCAAAAAGGAGAGUCAAUGUCAAGAAGGAAAGAGUCCAUGUUAGAUUCCACAGAUAUUAAAAGGAUAAGAGGAUAUUCAAGCAACUUGAUAGAAAUUUGACAACUUAAAUGGGCCAAUUCCUUGAAAACUACAAACUUAGAUAAAAUGGGCUAAUUCAUUGAAAACCACACACUCCAAAAAUGCUAGAUAAUCUUGUAACUACUAUUAAAUAAACCGAAUUUGUAACUUUAAAA